AUGAAGUCGGUUGCAAUGGAGAGAGAGAGAAAUAUUGUAACUCGAUUUAAGAAUUGUUCCCUCCUGCGGAACCAUGAAAUCAUACGAGAAGAUCUCUGGAUCCAGGAUGGGAAGAUCAUCAACCCUGAGCUUCUCUUUUUUGAUGCAAAAAGACGACCUGACUUAGAAGUGGAAUGUCGUGGAGCCAUUUUGUCGCCUGGUUUCAUCGAUCUCCAGAUCAAUGGGGGUUUUGGAGUUGAUUUUUCCCAUAAUGAGGUAGAUGUGGAAGAAGGAGUGAAAAGGGUUGCCACAGGGCUCCUUCAGUUUGGAGUCACUGCCUUCUGUCCCACCAUCAUCUCCUCCACACCAGAGAAGUAUCACAAGAUUCUUCCAAGAUUGAAAAGAAGAAUUGGUAGUAAGGAGAAUGGAGCAGAAGUGUUAGGUGUUCACCUGGAAGGGCCAUUCAUCUCAGCAGCUAAAAGAGGAGCUCAUUUUGAAGAGUUCAUUCGACCAUUGGACAAGGGCUGGCAGAGUGUGAUGGAUGUCUAUGGAUGUUUAGAGAAUGUUUCCAUAGUGACACUAGCACCAGAACUCCAUCAAGCCAGUGGUGUUAUCUCCAGGCUUAUUACAAUGGGCAUCACUGUGUCUCUUGGGCAUUCAAGUGCAACAUUGGUGGAGGGGGAAGUAGGAGUUCAAAAUGGGGCAUCCUUCAUCACACACCUCUUCAAUGCCAUGCCUCCUUUUCAUCACCGUGAUCCUGGAUUGGUUGGUCUCCUCACAUCUAUACAGAUCCCAUCAGAUCAUAUCCUCUUCUACGGUGUCAUUGCUGAUGGAAUCCACACACAUCCUGCUGCUCUUCGCAUUGCCUAUCGAACUCACUAUCCAGGUCUAGUUUUGGUGACGGAUGCAAUAAGUGCAAUGGGACUGGGAGAUGGGACACACAUUCUUGGAGAGCAAAGGAUACAGAUUGAUGGACGCAGGGCUACCAUCAAGGGGACAACCACUCUUGCUGGAUCUGUUGCCACCAUGGAUCAGUGCAUACAGCAUCUCAGGAAAGCUGCAAGGUGUUCAACAGUGGAGGCAUUGGAGGCAGCAACAUUGCAUCCAGCUCAGGUGCUUGGAGAUGACAAGAGGAAAGGGAGUUUGGAUUAUGGGGCAGAUGCUGACUUUGUUCUUCUUGAUGAAGACUUGAAUGUUCAGGGAACAUUCAUCAGAGGAAUUCAAGUCUAUGCUAACCCCAUGCUGCCUCCCUUUGAGCCCUUGCCCUGUGACUGACUAACAGGACUUGGAGUGUCCUAAGAUGCUCAAAGAAGACAAAGGGAGGCCCCUUGAGUCCCAAACCUUAUGAAAGGGC